GUAAUAUAACUACUAAGGCUAAACCUUCAGAUUCAGCAAGAAGGUUCGAUUUUCUCUAGUCCCCAAUCCAAAGAAGAACCCUAAACACUUGUUCUCGUCGCCGUUCGUCUUCUCUACUCUCUCGAGAGUUGCAGGUCAUCGGAAACCUCUUAUUCUUCAGCCAUCUAGACAUGUCGUCGCUACGUAAUGCUGUUCCACGCCCAGCUCAUAAGGAGCGAUCUCAACCGCAAGCGAGGAAGAGGUUUGGCCUCCUCGAGAAGCAUAAGGACUAUGUCAUCCGAGCUAAAGCUUACCACCAAAAGGAAGAUAUCAAAAAGAAACUUAAGCAGAAGGCAGCUUUCAAGAAUCCAGAUGAAUUUUACUUUAAGAUGAUCAAUAGUAAAACAGUUGAUGGAGUUCAUAGACCAAAGGAAGAGAUAAAUAAGUACAGUGCAGAAGAGCUUAUGAUAAUGAAAACUCAAGAUAUUGGAUAUGUGUUCCAAAAAUGGCAGAGUGAGAAAAACAAAAUUGACAAGCUUACUGCAUCACUGCAAUGUACCGAGGAGCAGCCUAGCCGUAGACAUGUCUACUUUGCAGAAGACAGAGAGGAGGCUAGAGAACUGGAGUUACAAGCUAAAAGCAAAACUGAUAUCUCCGCCAUUCACAUUCCUAAAGAUAUUAAAAAGAAAAUGGAUAGGUCAUACAGAGAUCUUGAGGCAAGGAAGAGCAGGGCAAAAGAUUUGGAGAAGUUAUAUAUGGAUAUGUCAAUGCAGAAGGAAUUACAGAAAAAGGGUCGCAAACGUAAGCUACGUGAAGACGAGAUACUCAACCCAAAUGGUAAACCAGUAUACAAAUGGAAGGCAGAUCGAAAACGCUGAAAUAAAAAAGCUUUCAUGGUUCUGUAGCUCUACUCAUCAUGUUUUUCUGAUCUCUACUUAAAGUUUAUUAAUAUUAUUAUAUCAAAGUUUUGUUGUAGUUCUAUGUCUCCAGAAUUUGUAGAACUUUAUAUGAAGCUUUGGAUGUUGAGUUAAAAUGCUCUUUUGUUGCAUAUUUGGAGAAGUUUUG